AGUGAAAUUUAAAAUUUCAACUCAUAUUAUAAGAAGCAAUUAGAAAUAACAGAAUGAAGUUGGUCUCGUGUUGUAUUCUUGUACUCAUUCCAUUGCUGGUAUAUUCACAAGAAAUCAAUCGCUGUCGAGAUGGAAGUGGCUUGGCAAGACAAAUGUUUCCCUUCACAAAGCCCAUGACAUGCGCUGAAGGAAUAUACUACACCUGCGAAGAUGGAGUUGAAAUUCAACACAUUUGCCCCGAACAAGGUCAUGCGUUCAAUUCAAAAACAGAAGCGUGCGAAUCUGACAUCGAUGGGGCAUGCAGUGCAGCAGCUGUCUGUCCCACAAAUCAUGUUGCUGGACCUCAUCCUAAUGGAUACGAGUGCAUGGAAGACUGUACUCGUGUUGGGAUGUGCUGGGAUAAUCGAACGCAAAAAUGUCUCUGUCAAGAUAACUUGAGCUGCCCCAAACAACCUCUUCCAGAAUCAAAAUGUUCACAAAGUUCUCCGGCUGUUGUGCAUUGCAAUCCUGCUGCGUCACUUGAGGUUUAUGCCGAUAUUUCGUCAUGUAGUAACUUUUUUCUAUGCAUAUUCGGAAGCCGAUAUCAUUUUAAUUGUGCCGAAGGCGAAUAUUUUAGCAAGAAUGCUCCUUCGUAUUGUGACGUCUCCUCGAACAUUGCACCACCUUGCGGCACGCUUUACUACUGAUUGUCAGCAUCAAAUACAGUUCCUAAAUAUUCAGCCACCCACAAUAUUUUUUGAUUUCUUUCGUCAUACAUCAGAAUCAAUUCCGACUCACCAAUGGAGUAGGGCUACAAAUUACUCUUCGUUAAUGCAUAGCCGGGUCAGUUCAAUAUGUCGAGAAAACAUGAACGCUAUGCUGUUUUAAAAUGUUGAUUAAUAUAUAUGAGUUUUGUGUAUUCAUCUAAUUAUAAAAAAACUCCUAUUUUUGUUUUCAAUUCACUUAUUAAAUGUCUCAUUUUACACCUAUUGAUCAGCUUUUUGCAUUGGAUAGUUUUCUGUUAAAUGUUUUAAGAGCUUUCUAGUAUGAUACGUUUG